CUUGUCUCUCCCUCUUUCCUUCGCCUCUUCUGCGAUACGUACAUGAGAGCAAUUUGGCUCUCUACGCGUCUGGUCUGCUCCCGUGCACACGCGUCAAGCCUCCAUCAUCCACGAUUAUUGGCCUGCGCCAAUUGUCUCCCCUACGCACUACAAGUCCCACCUCUGCGCCCUUGUUCCCGCCAUUUCCCAUUUACGCGCGCCUUCCAAAGUACCACUGCUCGUCGCAAUACAUCCGACCACCCAUAUAACGAGCAAGACAUAGAAGAGGAAUUCGAAGACACAAUGCCGGGCAGUAGGUCCGUUUCGACAACCUCUUCGGGUACGAAGCGCAAGGCAGGGACUCCAGCGUACUACGCCGUCCGGGCUGGGUUCGAAACGGGCUUGUUCUUCAACUGGGAAGAUGCGAAGAAGCAGACGAAUGGAUACAGCAAUCCCGUAUUCAAAAAGUUCAGCACCCUCAGUGAAGCCGAGGCUUUCCUAGCCGCUGAUGCCAACAGCGGUCCUAUGUCGACUGCCCUGACACCCAAAUCCGGAAAACAGCCCAUAAAAUAUUACGGUGUUCAGGUUGGCCACACCCCCGGCGUUUAUAAAGAUUACCCAUCCGUGCUCGAGCAAGUUAAGGGCUUCAGGGGCGGGAAACAAAAGAGCUUCGCGACUUUUGAAGAGGCACAGGCGUAUGUUGACGAAGGCAAGCAAUCUACGUCUUCAGAUGUCGGCGGCGACAACGUAAGCCACAAGGGGCCCUUCGGUUCCUCCACACCUUCGGUCGCUGCACCAGGGAAGACGGCGAAGAAGCAGAAGAGAAAUGACGGUUCCGCUUUGGCAAUGCCCGUUGAUGGCGACUACAUCCCAGAUGCCGAACUCAACGCCCGCAAAAGGAUGCCUACGGGCGAUUUUGAAGGAUUCAUCGACGUUUACACUGACGGCGCUGCAAAGGGCAACGGUCAAGUCGGCGCGGUAGGCGGAAUAGGCAUCUGGUUCGGGCCCAACGACUCAAGGAACAUCUCCGCCCCGCUCGUCGGCGACCGCCAAACCAACCAACGCGCCGAACUGACAGCCAUCAAACGGGCCUUGGAAAUCGUGCCCAUCGACCGCUACGUCCGCGUCUACAGCGACUCAAACUACGCAAUCAGAUGCGUCACCGAAUGGUACAAGAGAUGGGUCACCAACAACUGGAAAUCCUCGAAGGGUAAGGACGUCGAAAACAAGGAUCUCAUCAAGCCUAUCCGCGCCAUGAUGGAUGACCGCGAUCGCUGCGGCUCCAAGACGGAGUUGAUCUGGGUCAAGGGACACGACACGAACGUGGGGAAUAUCGGCGCUGAUAAGCUGGCGUCGGAUGCGGCGAGGAAGGCGCAGACCAUGAAGGCCGAGGGCGUCGACGUCGAGGGGCAAUCGGGGUCGGAUGACGAGUAUGCUGGGGCAUUUGGGCACGAGGACUGGAUCCAGCCGGAGGUUAUGUCGGAGCACGCUCUUAGGGAUGCUGAGGAGGCCAUGAAUGAAGACGAGCUGAGAGCGUACUAUGAUUAG